AACAAGACGAUUAAAAGCGGGGGUGGGGGGUGGGGGUGGGCAGAGAAGAAGGCGGCUUCGCAGGCAGGAGUUCCGACCCUGCCCCGCAUUCAUUUUCGCUCACCAUGACCAGUGCGAUCUUGAGGCGGAAUUCCAGCAAACAGGGCUUGCAGAAUCUCAUAAGGCUGACAGCUCAGUGGAGUGUGGAGGAUGAGGAAGAAGCUGCUAGAGAGCGACGCCGAAGGGAACGUGAGAGACAGCUGAGGUCCCAGGCAGAAGAAGGUCUCAACAGCACUUCUGGAGUGGCAGUACAAGACAGCAAGAUUGAUGGGAAGCCUUCUGGAACCUCAGAAGUGGAAGAAGAUGAGGGCUUUAGUGAUUGGUCCCAGAAACUUGAACAGCGCAAGCAGAGAUGGGUAGGAGAGGGAUUGCAAGAAGGAGAGCAAAUCCACCCUGGAGAAUGCAGAGAACCCCAACAAGCAGAACCUACACAAUGUGAAGGAAGUCCCAGGUCACCAAGGGGCUCCUAUCAGGAAGAAGACGGAAACCUGAAGGAAGCAGAAGUUAUGCUGGAGCAAGUCCAUCUGGAUCAGGAGACUCCCACCUUCAUCCGAUUUGAAACCGGCCCAUCAAAUUUCCUCAAGUUCGUUUCUACUUCAGAUUCAGAAAAUCAGCCUGAAGCAGAGCUGGAGGAGCAGCAACAGCUGAGUGAAACUUUGGAUGUUGGAGAAGAGGAUCAGUGUGUUGGAGGCAAGCUCCAAGAUGUUACGGAAGAGAAUAAGCCUGAGGAAGAGGAAGAAAAACAAGAGGACAAGAAAAGAAGAUGGUAUGAGCAAGAAGAGGUCCCAGAAAAACGACAAAGGACCCCAAGCACUUCCAGCCAGGAAGAAGAGUGUCAAGCUCCUUUAAGCCCUACAUUAAAGAUCACUGACAGAACUGAAUCACUGAACAGAUCUGUGCAGAAAAGUAAUAGUGUGAAGAAGACCCAAGCACCACUUCCGGUUUCCAAGAUUGAUGAUAAACUUGAGCAAUACACUCAUGCCAUUGAGAUCUCCAGCAAAACUCCAAAACCAGCGCGGCAGCUUUCCAUUGACCUUCCUACCAAUAGUGCAGCAGUGGCCAGCACAAAAAACCUCUGGGAGACUGGGGAAAUGGCUCAGUCUUCUACAAAAACAACACCCUGCAAGGACAUUGUGGCUGGAGACAUUGUGAAUAAGAGAAGCCUUUGGGAACACAAAGACAGUCCCCAGGCAGAUGGAAAUGCUAAGGUCAAGAUUCCUGGCAAGAAAUACAAGUAUGUGGCAGUUGGGCAUGGACAGUACAAAAGGGUGCAAAUAGAAGAUGACGGGGUGACGGAAAAAUAGCUGUCUUGAUACCAAACUCACAGCUCAGCUUGGAUACCUGAGACAGUACUUCACGCAACGCUGAUGUUUCCCGUGCUAAAAGGGAACUGUAGUGAAAGGAUUUCUUCCCUUCCUAGUUCAAAUUGGCAAUCUGCUUUAAAACCAGCUAUUGAUUUCUUCACAGAUGGGAGCGUUUCUCCAAGCUGACUUCAUUUGGACUUAGACUUGGCAUCAACUCAAGUAGCAAUAAUGAAUUUAAAACCCUUUCUAGAUCAGAUUUUCAUUAUGAGAAAUUUAACUUGUGCGCUCUAUUGAAUCUUCUUCAUUUUUGAACCAAAUUCCUAGCCUUGUCUAGGAGAAACAGGUGAAGCUUUUUUUCUCUUAUCUCUUUACACUCUCAGUAACCAGGGAGGAAUCUUCAGCAUCAAGAUAGCUAGAAAUAAAUUUCUGAGAUCUAAGCAGGAGAACAAAAGUAAAUAUAGAGAUAACAUUGAGGUGGAGAGGGGUAAGAACCUGCAGUAAUGUAGCUGAUGCUAAGGAUUCUUGUAUUACUCAAGCCUAUCAAAUGGCAAGAGAUACCAGUAUCUCUAUUCUUGACCAUAAGAUGAUGUUUUGCAAGUGGGAUCAUAACUUCUUAACACCGUUCUUUUAAACAUGAGAGCAAUACCACAGAAUUCUAAAUUGAAGAUUGUUUUUGUCUCAUUGUGUUUAAAUAUUGCCCUUAGUAUUCUUUUUGGAAAGAAGAACAAAGCCAUCCAAUCAAGCUAGGUAAGAUUUCUAAGAUGGCUUUUGUGGUGAGACAUCACUUGUUUAAGUUAGGGUUGUCCUGGCUAAAAAGCACUUCAGGAAAUAUAUUCUCCCAAAGUGCCUAUCCUAGCCACAAAAUAAAAACCAUUUUGGCUUGCUUUGCUUUUUUUGUCUGAUAGCUGAUUCAUAUGAACCAACUAGAGCCUUUAUUCCCUUCAGGUCUGUUCUCCUCUCAGAUGUAGACACUGAAAAUGAGCUCCACUGGAACACUGCACUCUUUCUUGAAGUAUUCUCUGAAAUAUGGACCUGAAAGUACAUGCGGGAUAUUAUCCUGAGCAUGAGUGGAGAUCCAAUACACCAUUUGACCUUGGCACCUCAUAUCUAAACCAUUCUUGCCUUGAAGGAGACUUGAGGCAACUGGGGUGAAAUUCUCAUUGUGGUACAUUUGAUGAGAUGAAUGGCAGCUCCUGGGGACAAGCCAGAUUAAAGGACAAUCCUUCACCUGCCCCCAAAAGGCUGCUAAUACAUUUUAGUUGACCUCAGAUGAACAGAUCCAUUCCUAGCAAUAUAAAUGCAUCUCUUUGCCUGUCGAUUACAAAUAGUACUUGCCUCCCUGUAGUUAAAAAAGAAAUUUGGCCAUUAUAUCCUGCUUCUCCUAAGACUUGCAUCUAGAAAACUUAGUUCUUUUCUGUAUCUUUCAUUUUUCUUUUGCUUUCAUCUGUUAACUUUGUGUGAUCUGGAAUGUUUCCUAACCAUUUAAUAAAAAUUCUGUGAAACAUAAAUGAGUCCUGUAGUG